AUGACGUCUCUGGAUAUAGGGCAGGAAGCUGUGUUUAUUGGAGCUAAUAGACAAAAUUACGUUUCAGAUUAUAAUCCGCAGACCUUAACUGUGGCUUUUGGUGCAGCAAAUACGGUGGCACUUUGGAAACCAUUAGAUAAAGAUCAUCGUGGAGUCUAUUUUACUUUGAAAAAGCAUACAAGGGAAGUUACUGGCGUCAAGUUUUUACCAGAUAGUCCCUUUUUGGUUUCAAUUGGGGAAGAUCACUAUGUAAAUAUCUGGAAGCAAAAGGAAAAAGUGUAUGAGCAUUUUCAACAACUCGAAGGUCACAAUUGUUCAGUAACUUGCAUUGCCGAAAUAAACCCCAACGUAUUUGUCACUGGUGGUGCUGAUGGCAAGAUUAUCAUAUGGCUAUACGAUGGGCAAGAGUUUAAAUUGGGUCAAAGAUUUCAAGUGAAACCUAACUUUUUCCCAUUAUCUUUAGCUGUGCAGAAAAUUGAUGACAAUGAAAGUGAUUGUUAUAUUCUUGCAGUUGGCGGUACUGCAACCAAUAUCUACAUAUACACUUUUCAACUAAGUGAAGAUAUUUUGGUCCACAAUUUAUGUAUGAGUGAGGAAUUGACGGGCCAUGAGGAUUGGGUAAAAUGUUUGCAGUUUGUCGUUCAAGUGGAAAACAAAGACUACAUACUUGCUAGUGGAUCUCAGGACCGAUACGUAAGGUUGUGGAGACUAAAACUAAAUGACUCGAUUGUUGACUCUGACCAAGACUCAACGAAAUUAAUUUUGCUUUCAAAUAAACAAUACAAAUUCAAGUAUGGUACCAACGGCAGAGCGGCAUUCAGCUUUGAAGCGUUGAUCAUGGGACACGAUGAUUGGAUCAGUGGCUUACAGUGGCACCCUUCUUACAAGUAUGGCAAUGAUACUUUGUUUGUCGAAAAGAAAUUGCAAUUGUUGACUGCUACUGCCGACACCGCAUUAAUGAUUUGGGAAAUGGACGUUAACUCGGGAAUUUGGGUGUGUGUUAGUAGGUUGGGAGAAAUGUCAAUCAAGGGAGCAUCUACCGCUACUGGUGCAACCGGUGGGUUUUGGUCGUGCCUAUGGUUCACUGAUCAGCCUAACAAGUACGAGUAUGUACUAGCAACAGGUAAAACAGGCUCCAUUAGAGCUUAUAAGUCCAGUUUGUUGGAGAGCGAUAAGUAUUUCACAGAAGUAAUGGGAACUACAGGAGCAGUUGGGCCAGUAACAGAUGUAAGGUGGUCGCUUGGGGGAGAUUAUUUUAUGGCAACAUCUUUGGACCAAACAACAAGGUUAUAUGCACCAUGGAUUGCGGAAACAGUAACUUGGCAUGAAUUAGCAAGACCUCAGAUUCACGGAUAUGAUAUGAUUUGUUGUGAUAACAUCUCAAGUACAAAAUUUGUCUCUGGCGGGGACGAGAAGAUUUUGCGAGUUUUUGAACUUACAAAGUUCAUCAGCGAAAGCUUAAAGGGUAUAAGCGGGAUUGUAAUCAACAGCGAUAACUCUGAACUUCCUGAGUUUGCAUCACUACCGGUUCUUGGCUUGUCCAAUAAGGCCGACACACAAGUACAAGAAGAGGCAAAAAAUGAUGAUAAUGAUGAUGAUGAUAAUGAUAAUGAUAAUGAUGAUGAUAAUGAUGAUGAUGGUGAUGAUAUUGAGCAAGAGCAUCACAUAUCCGUGCCACCUACAGAAUCUUAUUUACAAAAAAAUAGUUUGGCAACGGAGAAUCAGAAAUUAUAUGGUCAUGGUUAUGAAAUUAGUUGUUGCUCGACUUCUCCAAACGGUCAAUUGAUUGCCACUGCAUGCAAAUCAAACAAUGCGAAACAUGCAGUUAUCAAAAUAUUUGUGGUGAGCAAGGAUUAUCAACAAAGCUCGCAAGUUUUAGCCGGUCACAACUUGACUGUUUCAAGUCUUGAGUUUUCUCCCAAUGGGGACUAUUUGUUGGCAGUGUCAAGAGAUAGACUGUUCAGUCUCUGGAAAUUGGAGAAUCAAGAUACCGCUGAGUUUACGCUUGUGCAAUUGAAUGCCAAGGCGCACUCAAGAAUAAUUUGGGAUUGUUCCUGGUUACCAGAGACGGGCUACUUUGUGACAGCUUCUCGUGACAAGCAACUCAAAUUGUGGAGAAUAAAUGAAACGGUUGAACUAGUUAACAAGGUGAAAUUGAACGAGCCAAUAACAUCCGUGUCUGCGUUCAAAGGCGAAAUUUACAACAACAAAUGCAUAAUUGCGGCUGGUCUCGAAAAUGGCGAAAUUGUUUUCUUCUCAGCAUCUAUCACAGAUGGUGAUUUGAAGCAGAAAGCUUCAAUUCCAAAUACUCUCACGCCUUGUGAUAGAAUUCAAAAAAUUAGUUUUAGUAAUAAGCUUAUUGAUAACAAACUAUAUUUAGCAGUCGGGAGCCGGGAUACUUCUACAAGGCUAUAUAGUAUUAGCAACAGUAUAUUUAGAUAA